AUGGCUGAUCCACGAACAAUCCCAAAUCCAUUUACGAAGAACACACAGCUGAAGCGCAACGCUAGAGGCCCAAAAUGGGUAGCAGCAGAGGGCGAACACACCACGGCGCAACGAGCGAGUCCAGGUAAGACUGCAGCUCUCCAGAUGCAUCAGUCACGAAACCAAAGCCAUUCAGCUCCUGUGCGCGAGGUCCACCAUGAGGGCGAACUAUCACCGCCCCCAAUGUUGACCGCUGCUAUCUAUGACCCUUCAGACUUACAAUACCUACCAGAUACACAGAAGCGGCGACCUACAGUACGAUCUUGGGGUAGUUUGAGACCCAGUGUGCGUGAUGAACCGGAAGAAGAUGUCUCUCCGAGGACGUCGAUGCCUUCUCAAAGGAUGCGUGGAGAGCCGCCUGUGUCUCCUCUCAGCAACGAGCCUGUUGCCUGGCGAGAUAGUGCUGUUUCUGCUGUUGACAGCAACAGCCGUGAACUCGAUGAGAAGGAAAGGCAGGAGUCUCAUGUCACGGUCUUUCCCAACUUCCCGUAUACUAUCAAGCAGACAGAGGACAAGCCGAAGAAAACUAAGCCCACGCAGGGUCCACGCAAGCCUGAUGGUGUCUACCACUCAGCCAAAGCAAUAUACGCAGCUGGCCCAAAAGGUGAAGGACAGAAACUAUGGAAAAGUUACCAGAUAACGCGCAAAGUCAAGCAGAGCCGCAACGCGAUCAGCGAGAUCCCACGGCAGCCUCUGAAAAACAUAGACAUACCACAGGGUAGACGCCCAUCUGACGCACUUGGGCUCUCAGCACAUCCGGCAACCCCAGCCCAACAACCAGUACGGCCUCCGCCUUCAGAAGUCCGUAUACCGCCUAGGAUAGCUUUACCUGUCAACGAACACAUCUUCCCUCGCAAGCACUCAGACAUCUCAAACACCUCAAACACCUCAUACGAGGUACCCAUCAGAAUCGAUUCCAGCAUCGAGCAAUAUGCUUCCCGCUCGAAACCCCUCCCAGCAUUCCCAAGCCUACAACCAGCACCCAAGUCACGCAAGCAAGAUUCCUCCGACACACAUCACCUUGCCCCAUCGAAGCCACCCUUCAAACCCCUCCCCUUAGUCCCCUACCCUCCUCUCCCCUCAACUCCUCACCCUAAUCACUCUCCACCCUCCAAACUAAAAGACUCCAAACCCACCCACUGGUGGCGCACGCUCGCAGACAAAACCUCAGAAUCCUACAUCCCACCCACCAAAGACGCGAAAAUCUCACGCCCCCGCCCCAUCACCGCCCUGCAAAACGGACGCACAGUCAACGUCGCGCCCUCACACGGGGGCGUCGGCGGACCCGGCGCAUACGGACACAUGAGCGAGAAAGCGCGGGGAAAGCAGAAGCAGAGUCAAGGUCCAAUAUUUCAGUGGCUGGAGAAGAAGAGACAUGAUAGUGAGACGAGUUUUGGGUGUGUGGGCGUGGAGGGCUUGGCGGAGAGGGAUGGGUUGAGGCCUGAGCCGUUGUUUUCGGGAACGAGGGGUGGGGAUAGAGAGGUUAGGGAUACGCGGUUUUAUGUGCCGGUGCUAGAGGUGCUAGAUGAGUAUCGGGAUGAGAGGGGGAGUGGAAGUGGGAGUGGAGGUGGGAAGGGGAGGGAAGACGACUGGAGGCGGCCCUUGAUACGCACUCAUGACGAAGACGACGUCAGUGAGCAUGAUUCAGGGGUGGCCUCGAUGAAGUCGCGUAUACCCUCAAGCCGUCGGAUCAGUCUGCGAGCUAAGGCUUUCCUUUGA